AUGCACCUGAUCAGUGAUGGUGGUCUGCAUGAAUCCCCUCCUGACGACAUCCUACCACCUGAACUGCAGUAUGCGGAUGAUCUAGACUUCAUUGGAACUGAUGAGCAAGAGCUAGAGGACGUUCAUGAUCAAUGUGCAGAGACCCUCCCAAGCCAUAACCUCACCGUUAAUACCUUCAAAACUGAACGAACAAAGAUAUACCUGGCUGAUGAUCUGGAGGAGCGUGGUUCCGAAGCAUGGAGAAAUGCGAAGUCGCUGGGAUCACGGCUAGGCUCAGCGCAAGAUGUCCAAGCCAGAAAGGCCCUAGCAACCCAGGCAUUCUGUUCGUUGUACGCACUCUUCAAGCAUCAACUACUGCUUAGAGUUGCGCUGUACAAUACCUAUGUGAAGCCAGUGCUGUUGUACAACUGUGCGACAUGGGGUCUCACAGAUGCCACCACCAGAGGGAUUGACACCUUUCAUCGAAGGCAUCUGAGAACAAUGGCUGGCGUUAAGUUCCCGAACACAAUUACCAACAAGCAUCUGUACGACAUCUGCGGCUCAGCACCAAUUUCGCUCGAGAUUGACCAACGGCGUUGGGAAUUCCUUGGUCACGUACUGAGAAUGCAGAAGAGCUCUCCCCCACAGCGCGUGUUAGAGUUUUCAGCCACUGCGAGCCUGCGCGGUCGACUGGGCCGACCCAGGACAACUCUCCUCUCAGCUCUUUCUCAGGACUGCCUAGCCCGACUCGGCAUUCGCCUGGGCACGCUUAGAGGCCUUAAUCAGCUGCGGCAGUUGGCAGGGGAUAAGUCACGGUGGAAUGGCACCCCGCGGCACUCAUCUUCCUCUGCCGAGCCGCGUCCUUGA